AUGACUAGUCUUACUCUGCAAUUACUAACUGUCGCUAUAAUUACAUUACAGCGACAAAUACAACAUAACCAUUACAGCAGUGGUCCGACACCGGCCAACAAUACACAAUAUGAUUACAUAGUGGUGGGCGCCGGUACUGCCGGAUGUGUUUUGGCCGCUCGAUUGGCCGAAAAUCCAGCGGUCAAUGUGUUGCUUCUGGAAGCGGGUGGACAGCAAUCAGUGAUAACAGAUAUGCCGGGAAAUACUCUGUUUCUAGUGGGCGGUGAGUUUGACUGGAAUUAUCACGUCGUACCACAAACCAGUGCCGGUCGAGCCUAUCCUGACUUCUUUAUCUCAAGAGGUAAAGUGUUAGGUGGUUCAUCGGUCACCAAUUGGGACAUUUACAAUAGGGGUAAUAGACGUGAUUAUGAUAACUGGGCGCAGAUGUACGGUCUCACUGAUUGGUCAUUUGAUAGAGUUUUGCCCUAUUUUUUGAUGUCUGAAAACAAUACCGACCAAAAUGUAGUCAACUCUAACUCUGCUUUUCACAACACGAAUGGACUUAUCAGUGUAUCAACUGAGACAAUACCCGAUCCGGUUAUUGUGGCUUUUAUGAAAGCAGCCAAUAGUCUCGGUAUACCAAUUGUCGACAUUAAUGGAGAACAACAAUAUGGUACGACCAUUGCUCAGAUGUUUUGGAAUAACAGCACCGGUAUUAAGUCCACGACAGCCAAUGCUUACAUUGAACGCUAUAAUCGCACUAAUCUUCAUGUAUUGACCAGAGCUCAUGUCAAGAGAGUUUUAUUAGAGAGGACUACCGGUCGUGAAUUAAGGGCUACGGGUGUGCUCUACAGUAGAAACGGUAUUAAUAAUUUGGUCGUUACAACCACUCGUGAAGUUAUUGUGAGCGCAGGUCCUAUAAAUUCGCCUCAAGUUCUCAUGUUGUCGGGAAUUGGUCCGAGAGAUCAUUUAAGUGCAUUAAACAUACCGGUGCUAUUAGAUCUACCGGUUGGCAAUAAUUUACACGACAUGGUGUUUGUGCCCCUUUACUACCGUAUUGACAAUACAUCACUUAUUGAUCCGUUACCAUACUUUACAAUUGAAAAUCUAUACAAUUAUUACACUUCGUCUAGUGGCCCAUUAGCCCAUCAUCCGGAUGGUGUGACAUAUCUUAAUACACGAUACAACCGACGCGGAGACGACUGGCCCGACGCUAUGAUUAUAGCUGUUGUUGAAUAUUUUGGCGACGACUUGAAUGCCACUGUCUCUCAAUAUAUAAACAAAACUCAAGAAUGGACUGACUAUUGGCGUCAAUAUGUUGGCGGAUAUUACAUGGCAUUAGAUCCAGUGUUAGCCCGUCCUAUAAGCAGAGGAACUGUACGUUUGAAUGCCAGUAAUCCAUACGGACCGCCAUUAGUAGAUCCACAAUAUUUGGUCGAACAUCGGGACUUUGAGACCAUUUUGGAUGCCGUUCGCCGAACUGUUUAUAUCACAGUACAGGUUCCGUUAGAUGGUGUUACUAUAUUUCCUCCUAUACCUGGCUGUAGGCUAUGCGAUGAUAUGGAUAUAUGCGAUGACUACUUGAGAUGUCAUGUCAGACAACUGGCCAGAAGUUAUUACAACUUUGUCGGCACCUGUAGAAUGGGUACUAACAGUGAUAAUAAUUCUGUGGUUGACUCUCGGCUUUCAGUCAAAGGUGUGUCUAAUUUACGAGUAGUGGACGCAUCGGUUAUACCGGAGAUUCCUAAUGGACACACAAAUGCGGUCACUAUUAUGAUUGCCGAAAGAGCCGCUCAAUUCAUUAGAGAAAAUAACUCGAUAUAA